CAUGGCGGAUCCGAGGCUCGAGAAGGACGUGUCAAACGGAGUAGGAGAUGAACAUGCCGAAUCGAAAGAGCAUGUUUACCUUGAAGAAACAUUCUAUAUUCUUUCGAAAAAAAAUUCAAUGUUUCGCGUCCAACUUACGUCCAAAGGGUUAACGUUAACAAAGGAAACAGAUGGGAACUCGAAAGAGCAAACGAUUCUGCUGCGCGACAUCGUCGGCAGCAAGUGUAUGAGGAGCAAAAGACGACGACCAGGAGCAGGAUCCUGCGUGUGCAGUUUCGUUAGCCAGCAGCAGCUCAAGGUCGUCGAGGAAAACAGCGGCGACCUCGACGAGAACGAUAUCAGCGCGUACCUGUACAUCUACGCCUAUAUUUUGAAACGGAGCCGCCGCACUAUGAAAAGGGAGAGAACAACAAUAACGUUGCGGUUCAGAUCGUUUGAUAAGUACGAAGAUAAUAACAAAGAGGCGCAGAAGUGGAGAUCGACAAUAAAGUGUCUGAUAGCGGGUCAGCCGAUCACUUACGUUCCGCCCGCGAAUGAUAAGAAGCUGUUGAUCUUGUUGAACCCUAAGUCGGGGCCGGGGAAAGCGCGGGAGCUGUUUCAGACGAAAGUGGCACCUAUUCUGCAGGAGGGAGAGAUUCCUUACGAUCUCCACGUGACUAAAUACGCCCAGUAUGCCCGGGAGUUCGUCCGGACGAGGAAUGUGUAUGGUUGGCGCGGGAUCGUGGCGGUUGGCGGCGAUGGCGUGUUGUUUGAAAUCAUGAAUGGAAUGUUCGAGAGGCUGGACUGGCAGCAGGCUCUGGCUGAAGUGCCCCUCGCGAUCCUGCCUUGCGGCUCUGGCAAUGGACUGGCCAGGACUAUUUGCCAUUUAUACAACGAACCGUACAUCCCUCAGAACCUGACAGGGAUGGCCAUGGCCCUGUCUCGGGGGAAAUCGGCGCCUAUGGACGUCGUUCGAGUAGAAACUAAGACACAAAUUAUGUUCUCCUUCCUAUCGGUCGGGUGGGGCUUUCUAUCGGACAUCGACAUCGAGAGCGAGCGGUUACGGGCCAUCGGCGGGCAGAGGUUCGCGCUCUGGGCGCUCGCCAGGAUCGUAGGGCUUCGGCGGUACAAAGGCACAGUCAGCUACGCGCUUAUCAAAGACAUUAGUAACCUUCCCAAGCCUAAACAGCCUCUAGUCCUCAGCCACAGUAUCAGUCAGGACGGAGCGUUAGAUUCGCCUGACGCAGAAGCCUUCAUCGAUUGCGACGAGCAGGAUUCUAAUAUCUGGACGAGCUCCGUGGGCGGACCGGGCCGACACCAACGCGUAGACUCGUGGUACUCCGUCAACUCCCGCCGCAGCGCGUUCUACAGCACGCGAGGCUCCGAGUACCACAGCGUGACUAGUGCCGGCUCCGAAAUGCGGUCACCCGUCCACGCGUGCAUGCACGGCCCCGCGCCCCAUCUCCCGGCGCUCAUGUCCCAGCUCCCCGCACACUGGACGCACGAACAAGGAGAAUUCGUCAUGGUACACGUAUCCUACCAAGCGUACAUCGGUGAAGAUUUACUCUUCGCGCCGCGUUCGCAGCUCUCAGACGGAGUGAUGUGGAUGCUCAUCAUCAAAGCCGGUAUAUCUCGAUCUCAGCUGCUCUCGUUCCUACUGGGCAUCAACAAUGGGAAUCACGCAGAGAGCAACAACGAGUACAUAAAGCUGAUCCCUGUAAGUGCGUUCCGGAUUGUGCCAGAAGGUUCGAGUUCGGGCGGCACGCUCACGGUGGACGGCGAGCUGGUCGAGUACGGCCCCAUCCAGGCCGAGGUGUUCCCCAACAUAGUCAACGUUCUCGUCCCCGACCUCAAAUAACACCACAAGUAUUAGCUACUUAAGCGGAUUGAAAAUGACUGAUUUUAGUUACCUAAACUACUUAACCGAGAAGCGGUGUCGACGCUGCGACUCUCGCGGCAAGUAUUCGUUGAUGGUUGUGUUAAGAAAAUGUCUAAAUUCCACACCAAAGCCUUUAUUUCAAUAUGGACAUUCCAAGAACUUUAGUGAUUUAGUUUUAAAGUACGUUUAAUAUUUUAAAAUUGGUUCCACGGCUGUAUGUGAUAAUUUCUUGCAUGUAUCGGUUGUUAAAAAUUGCAACUAGUCAAUAUUUUCGAAAUUCGAAAGUAAGUGCCAAAAACGCGCACUCUAAAUGUUUUGCUUGUGCAACUUUCUAUGGAAUUGAUAUACAAGUUUGCUCAAGAAUCUUUAUUAUUAAAUAAUGAGCAAUCAAUGAACUAAUGAAGUGAAUUGCAAUAAUGGUAAUACGUCCAUCGUUCUCAUCUCUCAUUCCAUUCCAAGUUUGAUUUCAACGAGGACCAAUUUUUUCGUAUUGUAAAAAUAAUGUGUUUUAUACAAUUACAUGUAAUGUUUAGUUGCCUCUGUAGAUUUUUAUGUUGUUUAAGACCUAAUUAAAAUAAUUAGUGCAAUGGUUUGGGUUGGGAUGUUUGGGAAUACUUAAUUUAUGUUUGUAAUAGGUUUGUUAAGUGUAAUUUAAACUACUGUAAUGUUUAAAACUUUCUGUGAUAAUAAUUAAUUCUGCCAUAAUGAUUUAUUUCAAUCGAUGUGAUCGAUUACAUGUUGUGGUGACAGCAGCGGGGAGACCCACCCCAGUUAGACGCCUAAUUUAUUUAUUAAUUAUUCAUAUUAGGUACAUAUUAUUGGAGGGUUUAGUAUUAAUUUUUGUAGCCUAAGUGUAAGCGCAAAAUGUAUUAAAUUAAAUGUUAUACCUAUUAAUAUGCCUAUACUUUGUUUUUGUUAUUUUUGUAGUUUAAUCACAAUCAGCUUUUCUUAUUGCCACAAAACAAAAGUUUAUUUAAAACUUUUUAUAUUAAAAAUAGCUAAUCAAAGUAUGUCUGUAACUUUCUUGCUGAAUUAACUUUAAGAAACAGUAAUUGAUGAACUUAGAUUAAUUUCUUUACAAAGUACCAAAAACUGAUUGUAAGUUUUAUAAAAGCAACUAAACCAUUUCUUGAUACAUUUCCGUAGAAACUUAUAAGCACUGCUAAUUCGCUACGAUUUUUUGUUAAGUUUUUCCAGUCUACAUUCUAUUCCUAAUGAUUUUAAGCAAUGUUUAAUAUAAGUAUGUAUAUUAUAAGUAGAUUAUGAAGUAAGUGGGUUUUAAGAAUCUAGUACAAAUACAAAACUAUGCUGCUAAAGUGAAAAAUGCAUUACUUCUGGGAUCUCCGUUUACUGAUCUCCUUGCCGACAGCUGAAUGUUAUCCUUAUGCCAUUAUCAAUAAGGACUAUUAUCUGGAAAGGAAACAGACUUUAAGCUCAACAUAUGUAUUUUUGAAAAAUAUGAGAAGCCAAGUUUUAAUGAAAUAAUAGUUAAGGCUUAAUAUCAUUAGAUUUUUAUAAGAAAUAUAAAACAAUUCAAUUCCAACGGUAUCUUAAAGAAAUUAUAAUGCUAAAUUGGUAAAAGGGUUUUAUUCAUCCAGAACUAUGGAUGACUGUCAUCCAAAUAGUUUGGGAUUGCUGCAACACCGUCAUGUUGACUUUGAAUCGUAAUUCCUCUAGUAAAGAAUUAUCAUCAAAUUGUUAUUAAUCAAGAAUUUUAAACACCAUCGGAUUUUGUGAAUAAAUGUUAUUCUAAUUCCAAGUUUAUGAAACUGUUGUCAAUAAAUUAUUAUUCAAAAAUAA